AUGAUCACCAGUCCAGUAACGGUCCUCACGGCCAUCGUCUUGCUUGCGACUUCCACGCUGGCUGCAGAGGCGCGCAAUUCUUCACAGACGGUCAUAUCCAAUGCUGCCGGCGACACAGCAAUUGAUCCGGUCAAAGUGAACAGAUAUAAAUCUCUCCUAGGCACGUUCCACGCCGGCGACGAGAAAUUCAACGACUUUUUCAGAUGGACCGACAUCCUCGACGAAUACCAGCCUCCCAACGCCGAUUGUUCGGCAAGAUGCUUGACUUGCGCGCCGGGGUGUAAUCCCAGCUGUUGCGCCUGUGGCAGCUCGCCAACAACCGACACCACCAGCGACAGCGACAGCGACACUUCCGGCGUCUCGGACCGAUUGCCACAACUCCCAAGGACUCCAGGGCCACGAUUUCCCGGCCGCCCUGUGAUCCCGCCGCUCUCCUGCCCAUGCCACUGUGAAGCGGACUGUCCCCGAAACAUCCAAACAAUCUGCUGCUUUACUCCAGGAUCGCGAUCAGACGCGUCACCGGCAUCGAGAGCCAACUCUGCAUCAAGCGAUUCUCAAGGGACAGAACCACUCGAGUCCACCAUCGAAAACGACGCCGCAGGGCCCCAAAAAUCACUCCUCGACAAAAUCCGGCCCUCCCACCCUCGCGGUCGGACAGGGGGCCGCCCCGACCGCCCGCUGGCUUGCCCUUGUUUCUGCGAACCCACCUGCCCGCCGUACAUCCAGACGAUAUGCUGCACGACGCCCGGCUCCGGGUUAGCGGGCAACGGAAGAAAUCAGCACGAAAUCGAGACUGUCAAAGCGCCCAAACUCCACGACACAUUGGCCAUGAUUACCGCCUCAGCACCGCACGGGGAGGGGGAGCCCGUCUCGGUCCUCGCGGCCGUGAAUUUGACAGGCAUUGACAGCUUCAUCACGUUCAACCUGGUGCAGGGUCUCGGGCGGACCGACGAGAUCGUGCACAAUGCCCAGGCCGGGACGUUUGGAAUCACCUUGCCCGUGGUGGUUGGGGCGGAGGACAAAGGCAAGGAGACCGCAUUGGCGCAGACGUUCGUCGUCAUUGACGGGUCGAGACUGUUGGAGGAGGAGCAAGUCCUUCUGGGUUCCGGGUUCGUCUCCCGCGCUGGUGGGCUGAAGGUUGAUCCGGGGUUUUUGACGCCGUUGCAGGAGGGGGUGCCUGUUUUGACGGGCGUGCAGACGACGGAGGAGUGA